AUGUACUCCCAUUCUGAUGACUCGCAUCUAGCAACAGAGGGAUCCCAUUCUCAUAACGCUCUACUAGCUCUAUCGGCCGAGACCCAGAAACUUGGUCCUGUUGGCAGGAUUGUAGAGCCAGCGUGCUAUGAUUCAGACUCUGAAGAAUCGCAUGCAGCCACCUUGGGGUCUCAUGCUUACACGAUCAUCAAAAAUGAUCAUCUUGCCCCACCCGUCGACACAAAACGAGGCGUCGACUUCUGGCUGGUCUUUGUUGCAAAUCUGACAGUUGACUUGCUCUCUGCACUCGAUCUGACUGCUGUCUCCACGGCUCUUCCUACUAUCGUCCAUCAAUUGAACGGAAUAGACUUUAUCUGGGUCGGAAGCGCCUACACAAUAGCGUCUACCGCAGUGCUUCCCCUCAUUGGAGGCCUUGUUUCCGUAUUCGGGCGAAAGCCCGUUUUACUCAUAUUCAUCGCUCUGUUCGCGCUGGGUUCCGCAAUAUGUGGUUCCUCCUGGAGCAUGAAUAUGCUCAUAUCAGGUAGAGCGAUACAGGGUUUCGGAGGAGGAGGCUGCAUCGCCAUAACCGAGAUCAUCUACGCAGACAUUGUUCCACUUCCUGAACGAGGGAAAUUCCAGGGAAUCACGGCUUCCGUGUGGGCAUUCGCUUGCGCUAUCGGACCGCCCAUAGGCGGCGCUUUGGCCAAUUCGGGAGCGAAAUGGAGAUGGCUCUUCUUCCUCAAUCUUCCCGUCACCGCGCUUGCAGCAUUUCUCGUAUAUUUUUUUCUUCAUGUAUUCACGCCAAAGGCUUCUCUUCGGGAGAAAGUCCUCCGUAUGGACUGGAUUGGUCUCAUCGUCAUCAUCAGCGGUACUUUAUCCGUAUCCAUCGCCCUGACAUUGGCUGGCGUUCGAUUCCCAUGGUCUUCCGCUCAUAUACUUGCGCCGUUGACCCUUGGUCUACUUGCCAUUGCAUUUUUCUUCGUAGUUGAGUCUCGAUGGGCUAAAGAGCCGACAGUCCCACCUUUCCUCCUAUCCAAUCGAACAUCGCUCAGCGGAUACAUCGGCACGUUCUUCCAUGGAAUCUUGUCCAUGGCUGUCAUCUUCUACCUCCCCUUGUACUUCCAAGCAUCCAAACUCGCCUCUCCCAUCCGCUCCGGCAUAGACCUCUUCGGAAUCGCGUUCAUCGUCCCAACAUUUGCCAUCGGAACCGGGCUCUCCGUCCAGCUCAUAUCACGCUACCGUCCUCAAAACUACAUUGGAUGGGCCCUGACCGUCAUCGGAACCGGUCUACUAUCUUUACUGAACGCGGACAGUUCGACGGCGAUGUUGUUCGGGUUCCAAGUCCUGGUUGGGGCGGGGUUGGGGAUUGUGUGGAUCAGCACGCAGUUUCCGAUUUUGGCACCUUUGCCGUAUUCGAACAAUGCGCAUGCGUUGGCGUUCUUUACGUUCACUAGGUGUUUUGCGCAGACAUGGGGGACCGUCAUCGGCGGCACGAUUCUGCAAAACUCCCUUCAAUCCCGACUUCCACCCUCUUUCAUCGCCACCCUCCCACAGGGAACACAACUGGCAUACUCCAUCAUACCACUCAUAUCGUCCCUUACUGAGCCUCUCAAAACGCAAGUCCGGGUCGCAUUCGCAGAGAGUGCUCAACUGAUCUGGCGAGUCAUGAUCGGCAUUUCGCUGGCGGGGUUGUUGAGUUGCGGGUUGAUGAGGGAGGUAGAGAUGAGGACGGAUAUGGAUGAGACUUGGGCUUUGAGAGAGACAGGUAGAAGUGAGGUUGAUCCUGAGAUACGGCAGAUGGAGAGAGAGGUAGUGGAGUAG